GUUUUAUAAUGAAAGGCCCCUUUGUUCCACAGCACAGUGCACAUGCGUUUUAAUAUGGGAAUGGACAUUUUCUGUGUUCUUCGAAUUGUGUAAGUCAAUUUGCAUGUUUUAAUUUUCAUAAUUGAAUGAACAUGUCGGGUCUAGGGUUUAGCAAGAACCUCUCAGCCCACAUAAUGUAUAAUGCCGUAAGCUAUCCAUAUUUGGACUAGGCCUAUAGUGCCUAAUAUUAUGUUGUUUAGCCAACAUGAUUCUGGAUAAAACAUUUAUACACAAGAUAUGAAUAAUGAGCGCUCUCUGUACGAAUGAAUGUCAGUGAUGUCCUUGGUGCAGGUCCUUGGACCGUAAAGGCUACAGUUAGUAGGACACACAAAACAACGCGGGAGGAAACCGGAAUAAGCCACUGCCCACUGCGCUCGUAGAUGCUCGGCGCAACAAGUCAGCCAGCAGACAUUCCAUGUGCUCAGUACUCCUCUGCCUUCGUUUUGACAACUCCGACAACCGUUUCGCCUCUUCCAGUCUCGUCUACCUUUCCCCACGGACUUCUUUACUAUCGAAGACGAUGAUGUGGACAUUCGGCCGAAUUUUGUCUUCUGUGAGUGCGCCGUGGAAAUGAUAUACUCGACAGCAUAGCUGAAGCAGCAUACCCGCAGCUUCCGCCACGGAUGAUGAUGAUGAUGAUGGACCAACAGGAGCAGAGUGAUGACAUCAGUGUCAUGAGCCCGCUGGAGUUGCUGACCGAGGCCGCCAAGGAGGACGAUGGGCACUGCCAACCACAGUUCAGGCUGCAACUGAUUGAUGACCUGACGUAUGAAGAUGUCAAGAAAUGCUACAGGGGCUCGACCGUCAGCAAAUACAACUCCCAGUACCACAAGCUGUUCCAGAGCGUCCCCAAGGAGGAGAUCCUUAUGAAAGUGUAUUCCUGUGCUCUCCUCCGAGACAUCCUACUUCAGGGCCGCCUCUACAUCUCCCGCAACUGGCUGUGUUUCUAUGCCAACCUCUUUGGGAAGGACAUCAAGGUGGCCAUUCCAGUGGUGUCAUUACGGCUGGUGAAGAAGCACAGGACGGCAGGCCUGGUUCCCAACGGGUUGGCCAUCACCGUGGACACCAGCCAGAAGUAUGUGUUUGUGUCCUUGCUGUCUCGAGACAGUGUCUACGACAUCCUCAGGAGGAUCUGCACACACCUUCAGGUGAAUGGGAAGAAAAGCCUUAGCCUGAAGCAGUACUUGGAGGAGCCUAGCUCAUUAUCUAUGGAUGAGUUCCCCGUGGUCAAUGACUUCCCUGCGGUGUUGAAGUGGAGGAGAAAGCCGUCCAGUCCGUCCGUGUCCUCCUCUCUCCCGGAUCUCCUUGGUAACUCCACCAGCAGUCGGCGUGCAGUGGACAUCCCCUACCUACCUACGGAGGUUCCACUGACAUUAAAGGAGCGGAGUCUGGAGACAGGGAAGAUCCUCCUGACAGAGCCAGUACCAGAACUGGGCCACAUGGAGUACCAACUGCUCAAGUUCUUCAUCCUGCUUAUCGUCCUGCUCGUCAUGUCCUCCUGCUACCUGGCCUUCCGUGUGUGUUGUCUAGAGCAGCAGCUGUCCUUCCUCAACACACAUCCCACAAUGCCCAUGAGAGAGAGGUAACACUUGCUGCAUGCUGCGUCAACAUUGGACAGAUGGUCUGUCAGUCACGGAGGUUCUCCUGGCGAUUGGGCAAACAGAGACUCUGUUUGUUUACCUGUUCACUCUGUCCCACCCUGUAGGUGUGGAGAAGUGCCCUGCUGGUUCAAUGAAAAGACAAUGACUUGAGAAAAUCCAAGACCUGAAGCCAAAACUGCAGUUAAAUAGACCGUCCAAUAGGGGGUGCCAGAGAGACAAGAAUCCUCUUGUCGUUCCAUAGAAAGACUAUGGACUGCAGACAAAAGACUGGAAUGGAUGGAGGAGGAUUGGAAGAAGACGACUACAGAGUAGGUGUCAAUGGGACAGAGCCAACGGAGUUCACCUGACCUUUGACCUCAAUGUCCUUGUUUUACUCGGAUUCUGCCAAGGAACAUUACAAUACCAGUCAACUGAUCAGACACUUCCGCGUCCAGGAUUUUAGAGGCAGAGCCUGUUGUCAGAGACACAGAGCCUGUUGUCAGACACACGGAGCCUGUUGUCAGACACACGGAGCCUGUUGUCAGACACACGGAGCCUGUUGUCAGACACACGGAGCCACACGGAGCCUGUUGUCAGACACACGGAGCCUGUUGUCAGACACACGGAGCCUGUUGUCAGACACACGGAGCCUGUUGUCAGACACACGGAGCCUGUUGUCAGACACACGGAGCCUGUUGUCAGACACACGGAGCCUGUUGUCAGACACACGGAGCCUGUUGUCAGACACACGGAGCCUUUUUCAACAGGAAUAGACUGUACCCAGUAGGAGAGUUGCUACGAGAGAGACUGAAUAAAGAUUGAAUAUAAGAAGGCAGUCCGAUCAGGAACUCAACCUGACCUGGUCAACCAUUUCCAACCGUAGCCCACCUUGCAAUGUUUACUGUGCAUGGUCACCAAGACAUAACCGUUCCUGUAAUACUAAGGAAAAAUAUAAACUAUUUCAAUGGACACAAUUAUCAGAGGUUUAACAUUUCUGUCAGAAUUUGAAGAUGCUGUGCUCGAGUCUUGUCAGAAUUGUAAAGCCAUUGUCUGUGAAUCUGUGUUGGGUGGAGUGGAACUUUGGACGUGAACGGAGAGAAAGUGGUGAAAGUAUUAAGAGAGAGAGGGAGAGAGGAGAGAAAGACAAAGAGACAGAGACAGAGAGGAGAGAGAGAGAGAGAGAGAGAGGAGAGAGAAAGACAAAGAGACAG